CCGAUCGCAUGCGUCCUCUGCCCCGUCUCUUCUCCAGCGGCUCCCCGGUGAGGCUGUGCGGCGCCGCGGCUGCACACUGAGCGGCCUGGAGCGACUCGCGUGUGUCAUAUCGCCAGCACCAAGGAGAACCGAAGAGAAAGAGCGGCAGCAGACAAAAGGUUACUGGAUUUUGCCGCACAGGAAGUGAUGAAUGCUGUGGAUCUGAUCAGGAGGCCCCUCGACCUUUGAGGGAAUAUCAGAUCUCGCGAGAGCGGCGGUGCUCGCAGUGGCUGUGCCGUGGCUUUGCAGCAGACAGAGGGAGAAGGCAGGCAGGCAGCAUCAUGGCGGACAGAGACAGUGGAAGUGAGCAGGGAGGAGCAGCCACGGGCCCAGGCUUCGGCUCCAUGCACCUGGCGACCGGAGGGGCGGGCUCGGCUACCGGCCUCCAGCACGAGACCCAGGAGCUGGCGUCGAAGCGGGUUGACAUCCAGAACAAGCGCUUCUAUCUGGACGUGAAGCAGAACGCGAAGGGCCGCUUCUUGAAGAUAGCAGAAGUCGGGGCCGGUGGAAACAAGAGCCGCCUCACUCUCUCCAUGUCCGUGGCGGUCGAGUUCCGUGACUACUUGGGGGACUUCAUCGAACACUAUGCCCAGCUGGGUCCCAGCAACCCGGGCUUGGUCCAAGACGAGCCCCGGCGAGCGCUGAAGAGCGAGUUCUUGGUGCGGGAGAAUCGGAAAUACUACAUGGAUCUGAAAGAGAACCAGAGGGGACGGUUCCUGAGGAUUCGGCAGACCGUUAACCGGGGGCCCGGUUUGGGAUCCACGCAAGGCCAGACCAUCGCUCUCCCUGCCCAGGGACUUAUUGAGUUUCGUGACGCUUUGGCUAAACUUAUUGACGAUUACGGUGUAGAGGACGAACCUGCGGAGUUGCCCGAAGGGUCGUCAUUGACUGUGGACAACAAGCGGUUCUUCUUCGACGUCGGAUCCAAUAAGUAUGGUGUGUUCAUGAGGGUAAGCGAGGUGAAGCCCACGUACCGCAACUCGAUCACGGUGCCCUACAAAGUGUGGUCCAAAUUUGGGAAUACUUUCAGUAAAUAUGCCGAUGAGAUGAAGAAGAUCCAGGAGAAACAGCGGGAGAAAAGGGCAAGCGAGCUGCAGCAACAAGAGGAGAUGCAGGCGGACGAUGGAGACGAGGAUUGAUAUAGAGAGCAACAGAAGAAGAAAAGAUGCAAGAGUAAUGAAAAAUAACAAGAGAAAUAUAAUUAAGAACUCUACUGUAUAAAGAAAGAAAUCUAAAGAUUUAACUGUAAUGGUUUAACUCCAAGGGAGCAUCACCCACAAUAUAAGAAACCUCCACAACCUGACAGUUAUGACAUGUUGUCACUCAUCGCUGGAUGUUACCCCACUUAUCCACCAUUAAUACAGUUAACAGGCUGCUAAACAAAGUAAUAACAUUAUAUUUGAACAUUGUUUCCUACUUGACAAACAAUAUUGAACUGAGUGUUUAUUUCCCUUAUUAACAGAACUUUUGUACCGUUAAAGUUAUUGUAAAAAAAAAAAAAAGUGUUUGCAAUGUUCAAAUGGAAUUAUUGCCUAGUUCCGAUGAAAAAAGUUUCCUUUUCAUGUGAGCUAAUGACUUCAGCACAAAUCAGACGUUUUAAUUUUUGAACCAAAUUUCAAAAAAGACUUUGUAAAAGGUUGUCACAUGCCAUCCUAUUAACCUUUACCUGUGAGUAGAGAUGUGUUUACACAUGAAUCAUACGAGGGCUAGGCCUGCUUCGGAAACUGGUUAGAUGUAUGUAUUAAAAGGAAUAUGUAGGCAUUUUCAUUAAAUGAAAUAAGUGCUCUAUUUGUUGUGCAAUAUGCAUUGCAUAAAAAUCUAAAAUAUAUUGAACUGGUCAAUGGUUCCAGAUAUGAUGACAUUUGCCAGAGGCAUUCAAAGAAAUAUUAAUAUUGUAAUUUUUGUUUCAGUUGAAAUUGUUGCCAUGCAGAUGGGUAUAUUAUAGACUACCUUUGUGUCUCGUUGUCAAUGCAAUGUAUUCAUUUUAAAGGUACUAAAUGUGUAUUUGAUAGAGGAAGUGCAGUGACAACAUGUAGCAAAUGGCCCGAGUUGCAGAUAAUAAGACAAACACCCCAUUCAUGCUGUGUUGAUUGGUUUCGUGGUCUGGAGAAAAAAGGCUAAAUUUCCGCAGCGCGUCAUUGGUUAGUAAGUCCGAAACAAACAUUUUGUGAUGUUGUUCAGUCAUAAAAGUCUAUAUGGUGCCAAGGAGUGCUGUUGCUGCAUGUUAAUCUGCACUAAAAUAGAUUUCGUUGGUCUCCCAAAAUAUUGGCUCAAGGACCCUUCUAAUUGUAUCUUUAUCUGCCUAUAUUGUAUGAAUCUUGAGUUCGAGUGCUGGGUGAUUCCCUCCAAAGGCUUGGUGUAGUUGUAGUGGAAGUUUUUUCGAGGAGUGAUCUCGCAAACUGUUAUUACAAUAUCACCAUCACACUAUGAGGAGGGACAUUGAGAAGAACACCUGGAUAAGCCAACGCCUGCCUGUUGAAAAACGUCCAGUUGUGUGUCCGUGGAUGUGCCCAUCCCUACAAAUUUAAAAUCUGAUGGGGUGAAGCUCAGUGGGGCUGCUUUGGAUACAUUCUCAUAGCUCUACUUUGGAUUUGUAAGCCCAAAUAUCUACCUGGGGGUGAUGAGAUUCUGUUUUGGUCUAAUUGUAAAUAUUUGGGCUGCCACACGGAAAACAACUGGUUCCAAACCAGUUCAGUCGCAUCUCAUAGAUGUGUGAUAGCAGUUUUAUAAACUCCAGAGAAACUGGCAUCAAUCAGAUUAAGUCAGAUUUACCUCAGCAUCGAAUACAAUGACUGCUCCCGUGUUUAGAUUGACUGGAAACCAGCAAACUAGACUGUCCUUGACCACCUAUUUUUGGAGCUUCUGGUACAGACUAAAAGAGACCUGAUUGGGAGCAUCCUCUUCAGCAUAUAAACAACCUGGUGCCUUACACACUCUGCAUGCUUACACGCUGGCCUGGUGCUUUGGAUCGCAGUUUGGCUUCUUUUUGUCAUCGUUUCUUCUCUCUUCCAUUUUUUUGUGUCUCAGCCCCCUUGUGUGCUAGCGCACGCCUCGUGGUGCUAAAAGGGUUUGUUAAAAAUCCUUGUAAAAAACAAAACAAAAAAAGAAGCAGAAUUCUUAACUUUUUCUGCUACCUUCCUUCUUUCCUAAUGUCAUUGCCAUCCCCGUUUCCCAGCCAUCCAGGCAUCGGCCUACAUGUAAACAUGGAAGCGGGUGGUCACCUAGAUGCAAGAUGAUGCAGAAGAGUUGGCUCUUUACUAGCCGAGCGCGUUAACAGGGAGAGCAGGGGCAGAUGGGCAACAUCGUUCGUGGGUUAAAAUGUUAUAAAUUGAUAUUGGUGAGCCCCCCCCCCCUUUCUUGAAAUGCUAGUUUUAUGGCUUGGGUAGUUAUGUGUAAGUUGUAAGUUGCUCAAUUAAUGGGGAGUAGCAAGCAUGUUUUGUUUUUGUUUUUAAUGUAGUUUUACCUUUCAGCAUUAUUCCACAUUAUUUGUAAUUUUGGAAUGUUUCUGCCCACAAAAAAAAUACCUAUUUUUUCUGUGCAACAUUUCAUCACUGUGUGCAAUAUCGUAUGUGCCAAUGGUGGCAAUAUAUGUAUAUCAAUUAAAUAUAUGAUUACUAUUUGAAAGCAUGUGGCUGAAUUCCAUGUUUAUUUCUCAUGAAGGAGUUGUAUGCCUUUAUUUGCACUCAAAGCUCCAUCCUGGAGGAAAAUAUAUAGUAAACCAAGGUCUUAGUAGCCUGUGGGGUCGAGCAGUUCACAUCAGUUCUUCAACUUGAAAUAGAGCAAUGUCACUGCAAGUAUGCCUCUCCCUCAGAAAAGCGUGAACUUGGCUUAUUGUUGAAAGUAGACUAUAAACACAAUUAAGUUUUUGUGAAAAAGGAAAACUUAAAUAAUCUCCAUUUUAGCUUUAAGCUAAGAUACGGUGCUUCAGUCCAAUCCUCAUUAAGGUGUAUGGUGAACUGUCUUCAGUGGUUGUUGUGUCUAGCACUUUGCUUCUCCCAGGUUAAUGAAAUGCCUGACCAAUACUUGUUUAAAUAUGAUCUCAACAAAGAAUGUUACUCUCUCUUAUGUUGCCUCUUUUUAAAAGGGCGUAUUUGAUUUUCUCGUUUGGUUUUUGAUGCAUCAAAUAUAAUUUAUGUACAUUUGACAAAUUUUAAAAUAAAUUUAAUUUACCCAUAAGGGAAAAAUCUACAUUCAAAACCUAUGUGUUUUUCAUGCUUAAUUUUCUUGUUGGAAAAGAAAACAACUUCCCAAAAUGUCUAUUAUUCAUGGGUGAAAAGUCUGUUUAAUGUUGUAUAAAAUGUCUGACUCUACAUUUGCAAUGAUGCUAAUAACAAAAGCUUAAUUUUACAGCCUUUUAAAAUGCAAACAUUGCAAUGACAAGUACCUGAUGAUUCAUGUCUUAGAGAUUUUUACAUCAGUACUGUAUGUGUAAUACUAGGCUGUAAAAUAAAGCAUUACUUUGGUCUCUA